AUGUCACAUGAGCGUUGGCGAUUUGACCAAUGCCCAAUCUCUGCAUCUGACCUGGACAGGGCAAUAUUCUCUUCUGCCCACAAAACAUUCUAUCCAACCAUGGCAUCCGCAUCCGCGUCCCUCCUUCAAAAGGCAUUCCUCACCGGAUCUCCUCUGAAACUCUCCGCAACUUCCGGCACCGCUCUCGCAGCCACCAAUGUCUCCCUCGCAGCGCCAUUCCGGAAGACCCCAGCCGUCCGGGCCAUGUCCGGAAGCCACGUCGGCGAGAUCGCGAGCGUCAAGGCCCGUCAGAUCAUCGACAGCCGCGGAAAUCCGACGGUGGAGGUUGAUCUGACGACCUCCAAGUCCAGCACCGUGUUCCGCGCCGCCGUCCCCAGCGGCGCGUCGACGGGGAUCUACGAGGCGCUGGAGCUUCGCGACGGGGAUAAGAGCAAGUUCGGCGGGAAGGGCGUGCUCAAGGCCGUUGCCAACAUCAACAACAUCAUUGCUCCUUCGCUGAUCGGCCUCGACCCGAGGGACCAGCGCGCCAUCGACGCGCUCAUGCUUGAGCUCGACGGCACGCCCAACAAGUCGUCGCUCGGCGCCAACGCCAUUCUCGGCGUCUCCCUCGCCGUGGCCCACGCCGGCGCUGCCGGUAGCGCGGUCCCGCUCUACAGGCAUCUCGCGUCCCUAGCAGGAGUGGAGAAGCUGAUCAUGCCCGUGCCCGCCAUGAACGUCAUCAACGGCGGCAGCCACGCGGGCAACAAGCUGGCCAUGCAGGAGUUCAUGAUCCUUCCCACCGGCGCUUCUUCCUUUUCCGAGGCGAUCCAGAUGGGGUGCGAAGUGUACCAAGUCCUAAAGGGCAUCAUCAAGAAGCGGUACGGGCAGGACGCAUGCAACGUGGGUGACGAGGGCGGCUUCGCGCCCAACAUUCAGGACAACAAGGAGGGGCUCGUGCUGCUGGUUGACGCCAUCGAUAAGGCGGGAUACACCGGCAAGGUGAAACUGGGAAUGGACGUGGCCGCGUCUGAGUUUUACACUGCUGAUCACAAGUACGAUUUGAACUUCAAGCAGAAGCCCAAUGACGGCAAGGAUGUCAUUACCGGGCAGGCGCUGGCAGAGCUGUACGAGAGCUUCGUUAAGGAGUUCCCCAUCGUCUCGAUAGAAGACCCGUUCGAGCAGGAUGACUGGGUGAACUGGGCGGCGCUUAAAGCCCUGCUGGACGUGCAGAUUGUGGGGGACGAUCUGACGGUCACGAACCCCAAGAGGAUCGCUGAUGCCGUUCAGAACAACGCAUGCAACGCUCUCCUGCUCAAGGUGAAUCAGAUCGGAAGUGUGACGGAGAGCAUCACAGCAGCGCAGGACGCCAAGGCAGCGGGGUGGGGGGUGAUGGUAUCCCACCGCAGUGGCGAGACAGAGGACACCUUCAUUGCCGACCUCUCUGUUGGCCUUGCUGCAGGACAGAUCAAGACGGGGGCUCCCUGCCGUAGCGAACGCCUGUCCAAGUACAACCAGUUGCUCCGCAUAGAGGAGGAGCUCGGGUCCGAUGCGAUCUAUGCUGGCGAGAAACAGCUCGCCUCUCGACCAAUCCGAGAGAAGCUACUAGAUUCCGAACUACCCCUUUGGGAAGACGAGUGGAGUUUACGACCACUCGUGUCGGAAAUCGUGGAGACCACCGACUUGUCGAAUCUCAAGAUAUUCCCCUCGAAUAUCUCAGGAACAUACAAAGGCACAUGGGAAGUCGCGCGAAACUCCUCGUCUUCGCGAUUUCCCGACCUACAGAAGAAUUCAGGAAAUAUCAUUUUCCAAUUAAAGACCAGCAGCACGGCUCGUCCCGAGGUUCACUACGUCCAUGGUGAGGUGGUGCUACGGGACGGCAUGUACAUUAGCGACGGAGACGUGCAUAUGAAGCUCGAAGGGGUCUACCUGCGCCCCUUCGGCCACCUUAGAAUGGUUCUCAGCAGCUCGACGGGUGCUGACUCCACAGAAGUGGACGAAGAGAGCACCGCCAACGGCUACCAGCUGGAGCUGCACGACUCCAGUAAACGAGGCCAGGGAUCACCAGAUCACACAGCGGUGGUGGAGAUGGCUCGAAACUGCAAGAUUAGGAUGAUCACGCACGUCUCACCUGCCGUGUGGGAGUGGCGAAACGGCGUGCAGGAGCACGUGCCGAGUCAGAUGCAGGGCUUUGUAGAGAGCCUCUUGGCGGAAAGCAAGGGGGGGCGAGGGGGAAUGGGAGGAAUGGGCGGAAUGGGGGUGGGGGAAUCGUGGGAGGCGGAUGCUGCUCUAGUGGCAUCAGAGGAUCCGGUGGGGGGGAGGGUGGUGGGGGGAGCGGGGGAGGAGGGGGAGGGGGAUGAGGGUGGCGCGCCAUGCUUUGCGACUCUGCGGAUCAACGCCACUGCGGUUGACCUGGAGGCGUAUUACAAUAAGGCCGUCAACUAUACCCUCAUGGUCACAUUCAUCUCCUUCCUGCAAGUGCUAUUCAUCAUUCGCCAGAUGGAGCACAGCAACACUCAAUCAGGAGCAGCCAAGGUGUCAAUGCUGAUGGUGGGGCAGCAGGCCAUCAUGGAUGCGUACCUCUGCCUGCUGCACCUCACAGCCGGCAUUGUAGUGGGAGCGGAGUCCCUUUUCAAUGCCUUUGCAACAGCAGCGUUCUUCAAGUUUGUCAUCUUCUCGAUAUUCGAGAUGCGCUAUCUGCUCGCCAUCUGGAAGGCGCGCCGCCCCGCGCAGUCCUCGGAGAGCUGGGACCUCAUGAGGCGAGAGCUCUCCAUCCUCUACUCGCGCUUCUACGGCUUCCUCCUGGGGGGGAUUCUCCUCAUCUACCGCUUCAGCACGGCGCUGCGCUACCUGCUGCUGCUCUUCUACUCCUUCUGGAUCCCCCAGAUAGUCACAUCCGUUAUAAGGGACUCGCGCAAGCCCCUCCACGUGCACUACAUCCUCGGCAUGUCCGCCACGCGCCUCGCUAUCCCGCUCUACAUCUUCGGCUGCCCGAAAAACUUCAUGCGCGUGGAGCCGAGCCCUGCGUGGUGUGCGGCGCUGAUCGCGUUCAUGGGGGCGCAGGUGGCGGCGCUGCUGCUGCAGCACUACCUGGGGCCGCGGUGGUUCAUUCCCAAGCAGUUCCUCCCGGAGAAGUAUUCCUACUUCCGCCGCGUGUCGUGCCUCAUGCGGCAGAGCAGCGACGCGGACGACAGCGGCCCGGCAGACUGUGUCAUCUGCAUGACGCCCGUGCCCAUCACCUCGCACUCCAUGGACCGCAUGGUGACCCCCUGCGACCACAUGUUCCACACAGCAUGCCUGCAGCGCUGGAUGGACAUCAAAAUGGAAUGCCCCACCUGCCGCCGCUGCCUGCCGCCCGUCUGA